AUGAGGCAUUUCUUCUUUUCAAUGCUUCAGGCCACCAAAUACAUGGGCGGGUUUAUGAUUUGGGCAUUUAGAUCUGGGUCAUUAUGGGCAGUCAUGGCAACAAAACACGCAAGAUAUCCAGCCCCUUUUGAGUAUCAUCGUCGGUACAUUCGAGGGGCUUUUUGA